CGUUUGAACUAAGCGCGGCGCUUCGCCGGACCCGUGAGCAUCAAGUAUAAACAUGAAUUUGGAGUUUUAUUAAACAUUUGUGUGUGCAUAAAACAUCUCGAUCGUUUACAUAUCAGCUGGAUCAACGAUGCCCAUUCGAGCCUACUGCACCAUCUGUUCGGAUUACUUCGAUAACACCAAAGAUGUGGCUGCAAUUCACUGUGGUCACACUUUUCAUUAUGCCUGUCUUCUUCAGUGGUUCCAGUCAGCUCCAAGCAAAACCUGCCCGCAAUGCAGAAAACAGGUCAGCACAAGACACAUCAUCAACAAGCUCUUCUUUGACAUAGCACCAGAAGAUGAUUCUACUUCGGUAGACCCAGAAAGUUUACAGAAUGACAUGGCCAGAAUGAAAGCAAUGCUGUGUGAAAAAGAGAAAGAAUGGAGGGAUAAACAGAAGUCGGUAGACACCCUAAAAGAGACAAUUGAGAGGCAGAAGAAAGACCUGGACAAACUCAGGAAAGACAUUGGAGACAAAGAGAUGUUGUGUUCUGUUCUCCGGAAACAGAUGAAUUUCUUGGACAGUCAGAAGAAUGAAGGUCAGGCAGCCAAGGAAGAAGCCAAACGCCUCCGAGUCAAAAUGAAAACCUAUGAGAGUUUAGAUGCGGUCUUACAGGGUCAGAGGUCAGAGGUGGAGGCCAUGAUCACUGACAUGGGUGUGGGUCAGUCGGCAGUUGAGCAGCUGUCUAUAUACUGCAUCUCACUUAAAAAGGAAUAUGACAACCUGAAGGGAAGUCUGAAGUCAUCAAAUGAGAUGUGUGAAAAGUUGAAAAGGGAACUGAUCUCCACUAAUAGCAAGUUGCAGAAAGCCACAUCAGAAACAAGCCGAGCAAAUGAUGACAUGAGGGCGCUUCAGAAAGAUCUGUCCAAUGCAGACAAAGAGAUUACUAGCUUAAAGAAGAAAGUAGAAAUUCUUCAGCGGACAUUAAGCACUCCCACCCGCACUAAUGAGGCCAUUAGUAGACUGGUGUUUGAAAGCCCAGCCCCUUUAGAGUUAAAGCGUCCAGGUCACGGUCAGCUUUCAGACUCUCAGGAAAUCGACUUGAACCUGACCUUCGACAUCAACACGCCUGAACAGGUGGAGAAGAAACUCAUUCAGGUCCCAUCUAAAAAGAUGCGUCUCGACCCAUCAGCAUCCUCAUCAACUAACUCCGAAAAUACUCUCGGGCGUAACAAUGCUCGAGUCAAAGAUGAUGAUGUGAUGGGGCCCAUGAUAAGGAACUCUCUGCUCUUUAGAAAGAAUGCAUUUGGAAGCAUGCUGGACCCAAGCAAAUUUGGCACCGUAAGGACUGGAUAUGACGGACUUGGAGGGAGAGCUAAAUUUAUCCAGCCUUCUCCUUUGUCUGAAAUUCGUCCACUUGCCAUGAAGCCUAAGAGGAAGAAGGUGACCAGGCCUGUUACAAACAAACCCACAUCCACCCUGACCACGCUGGACAGUUUCUUGGAGUAAAACAGUUCCUUUUAGACAGUGUCCUUGCUUGUUAAACUCCAAGGACCCAUGAGACCUCAUGGAUUAUUGUGUGCGAGAUUGCUGUACUGAUCAUUUCUGAGAAAUGUCCAAUACAAGGUGCUGUUGUUCUUGGGAAGCCACAAGCUUUUAACUGUAGCUAGAUUUAAAUAUCAUGUGCUUUUGUGUAUAUUUGUGUGUCAUUGUUUUUUUAAGCUCUUCUUUGUUAGACACGGGCUCAAUGGUGCCACUAGGUAGUGAGUGCCUUUAGGUUUGUCUUAGAAAACCAAUUAUACAGUUUUAUUUAUUAACCACCAAUGACGCUGGCACUGCAAAAUUAGCUUUUCUGUUUGUGGAGUUUAAAGCGACUUUAUCAUAGCAUAGCCAUUUCCUAUAUGUUUUGGUCUUGCUUUGAGUGAUUUUCCCGUAAUGUAUGAACUUUUUUGUGUUUUUGCGUGUGUUUCUCAAUGUGUUUUGUCUCUGUACAGAUGUAUAUAAUUUGAUUUAAACAAUAAACAUGUUUUCACUGGUUUUGA